UUGUUGUAUUGUUUACGAACUCAUGUGCCAAGUAGUAGUAAAUUAUUUAUGGUAACGUUUAGGCACAACUUCGUGCAAUGUCAUUCAUUAGCAGUAUAGCUUUACAUAUGAGUAGACGUACAAACUCUCUGUACAGAUUUAUAACAUUUAACAAACAAGAAAGAUUUGAAGAAAAAAUGGCUUGCAACAUUAACAGCAACAGUGUACAUUCGGCAGCAAUCACAGAAGUGCAUAUGGUGCCCAUGAGUGUCAUACAUAGACCAAUUCCUUCGGUGUUAGACGAAGAAAAGGUUCAAUCCCUUAUGAGUACUAUAAAGAAUGAAACAACAGAAGAUGAUGUACCACCAAUAGAUGUGCUGUGGAUUAAAGGUACUGAGGGAGGUGAUUAUUUUUACAGCUUUGGUGGUUGUCAUCGGUAUGAAGCCUACAAGCGGUUGAAACGCGAUACUAUAAAGGCUAAAUUGGUUCAAUCAACAUUGAAAGAUUUAUACCAUUACAUGGGUGCCAGCACUCCCAAGAAUCUAAAGUGAAUUUGGAAUGAACUCCCAUUCUUGAAAUUGAUAUAUAUAUUUUUUUGUAAAUAUUAAUAUUUCUUGUUGUAGUAAUGCUGUUUUAAAUUUGUAAAUACUAAUAAUCAAUUUGUUUUUUAAAGUGAUAAA